UUUAUAAAAGAUACUUUUUAUUGUUUACUUAUUAAUUUUCGUUAUACCAGCUUAAUUAUAGAGAAUUAACUGAAUUAAGAUUGAACAACUAAACAUUUGUUACUCAUUAUGUCGACUGACCUUAAUGCAAGUUUCGACGAGCAGUAUGUCAACAUAAACACAAAGUUGAAAAAGAGGUUUAUGCGUAAACCAAAUGUAUCUGAAGCUACAAACGAGUUCAUAGGAUUAGCAAUACAAUGUGAACAUUCGGAGCAGCCUUCUUUCGCUGGUCAAACGUACAUUGGAGCAGCGAAAUGUGAGGCUUUGGCUGGGAAUCAUUUGGGAGAAGCGGAACAGUAUCUUGCUGCAGCCCGACAGUUUAUUAAAGCUGAAGCCAAAAUUUUAGCUUUGAAAUUUGAUAGCCCAGAUAGAGAGAAUUUAGAGGCAGCAAUAGGUUGCUACUUGCAAGCAUUAAGCAAGUAUCCAGACAAGUCGCCGAUACGAACCUCAAUACUAAUGGAGCUUGCCAACAAUUUAGUCUCUUUGAACCACAAAUUAGAAGCAGUGACGUAUUACGAAGAAGCUUUGGAGAUAAUAGAUGAAAGUACUAUGAAACUAAUGUACAUGAGAAAUUUACUCAACUUGCUUAUUGAUUGUGGUAAAUAUGACAAUGCUUUGCAAUUAGCUAACACAAUAUUUGAUUCUAAUAAGAAUAUUCCUGAUGGAAUUUUAACUGAAAUUCAAGUAAGUAGAGUGUUGUUGACAUUACUUGUUAAACCAGAUGAUGAAAGUAAGACGGAAUCCCUCAAAGCAUUGUUUGAUGACCUGAUGAAUGAUGUGGAGAGUGAAGCAAUACCAUUUAAUAUAAAUUUGAAGCUGAAAUUACAAUCUAUUAUUAUCAGCUGUACUGUGGGAGAUCUCCAGUCAUUGAUAAGUGUAGCACCGGACACUAAGCCAUAUCUGACAACACAACAAACAGAAUUGUUGCAGGCGUUGUAUAGUGAAGAGAAAGAUGACAAUUUUGUUCACAGCUGAAUUUUAAAUUGUAAUUGCUUUUAUGGAUCUCAUUUAAUCUUUAAGUUAUCUCAAUGAACAAUUCUAGACUUGAUAGCACUGAACAAUUGUUUUUUAAAACAAU